CACAAUGCAUAGAUCAACCAUUCCCCACCCAACCAAACAAAAAUCUGGCAGUAAAGUGUUUAACGGUAAAGCAGCCAAUAAAAAAAUUAAAAUCACAAGUAUCAAAUGACAAGGACAUGCUUGAAAUACGAUUCGAUUGUGCAAUUAAUGAUGAAACGAUAUGUGCAAAAGUAAAAUCCACUUUCGAGGAAGCAGGUCGUAUAAUAACAUCCGCUUUAACAUUAAAUACACAAAUUAUAGUCAACGUAACGUUUCGUGAAAUGAUGAGUCCUGCAAUCUUAGGGUCCGCUAGACCUUUCAGAUUAAUGCCAAUUAAAGAUGAUGAUGGAAUUGAAAGAUUGUAUCCACAAUCUUUAGUUAAACAAUUACAACUUACCUCACAUCCUGAAUUCGCUCCUGUUGAUAUAAUUGCUGACUUUAAUUCAUUAGUUGCACUUUGGUUCGAAGGUGACCCUCCCAUCACCAGUAAGCAAGUUGGAUUCUUAGAAUUAAUUUUACAUGAAUUGAUGCAUGGACUUGGAUUUGUUUCGGCUUGGGGUGAUUAUUUCCCAAAAGCUGCUACCCCUGAAGUCAAUGACUUUAUUGAAUCAGAAAACUCUAAUUCGAAAGCCAUGACUGUUUUUGGUGGAUUUCAAGAAAAGGCUUUUGACAAAUACCUAGUCAUAUUUCCUGAUAAUGUAACAACAUCAUCUUACAUAAACGAAUUAAAUAAAUUUGCUGAUGGAUCGGCUUUUAAAAACUUUGAUGAUUUUUAUGUAAAGUUUAUUGCUUCACCGCAAUAUUUAGUUGCCAAGGAAAUUUAUAACCAUUUCGUUACACCAAAAUCUCUCGUUUUCAAACCAAGCGUUAGUGAUAAAGAAGAAGAUUGGACUUAUUUAGAAACUACUCUAAAUCCUUUUGAACGAGGUUCCAGCGUUUCUCAUGUUGAUAAUACGAUGUAUACUAAUACAAGCGAUUUCUUGAUGACGUAUCGUCAGGAACAUAAUCGGACCCUCAAUGACAACAUUGGAAUAGGUGGAAAUUAUGCCGGAGGCGCUAUAAGUUAUAAACUCCGACUAAUUCUAGAAAGCUUAGGAUAUACCGUAAAGUACCCCAGCCCAUUUCCGUCUAACGAAACAGAUCCAGUAAUCGAAAAUUCAAUUCCCACCUCUUUGUCGACAAGGAAUUUUGCAUAUCAAUCGUCUAUUGCAUACAUUGUUGGAAUCGUGAUGAUUAUAAAUUCCUUACUUUAA